CGAGUGCAGAAUAUAGGAAUACAAAGCUAGCUUGCCUCACCCUAAUACCCACCAUUAAGGGUCACAGACCCCCACCAGCAAGCUUCACCCAGGCACACUUGGCUGUUGCAGUUCACUAUCCUUCAUCUGAAUGGGGGCAGUUAGACCCAGGUCAAAGACCAGUUUUUAUACUAUAAGAAGGGUAGGUUUUGCACAGAAGCGGUGAUUUUGCUUCAGCCAAUUAGGGCCUAGGUACAUAUUUUGCCAGCACUAGAGAGUGUACGUGCUGGAAGACAAUGCAGCUGCUCAGUGGCUUUCUACACAGACCUUGAUGCAAUCUUGCAUCAGACAUACAAAUGGCAAGAUGGACUAAUUAAACAGGACUCCCCCCCCCCUCAAUGAAGAUUGCACUGAGAAUCCCAUGGGAAAAGACUUUUUUAAAAAAAGAAGCCAAUGAAACGGGGAUUUCUUAACCCACACACGCUAUUCCUACUGAAUUCAACAGUUGGCCUUGCCGGCAAGCACAGUGCAUAGGAUUGCAUAUGUGCACUGCCACAUUUCAAGAGCUACAAUAGCCUUUCAUCAUAUAUGUGAGGCAGAGAGCUGUAAUUGGGUGCAGUUUUUCAGCAUGUGUACAUGCAGUGCAAUGAAUAUGUGCUAACCCCUUCAGAUAUGAAAGCACGCGUCUCAGUUAUAUAAAGUUCGCCAUAGCCCAAUCUAUUCAAGAUUUAUCAAAUGUCAGGCUAUUUCUGAUAUUCUACUGUGUGAGUACUGUAGCUUAUGUAGCCGGAAUGGCACAAUUCUGACACCAUGCAUACACACUCGAGAGGUGGGCAGGUGUGGAGGAUUCCCUGGUUCUGAACGGGGUAACUGUGCCCCUGAAAGACCAGGUGCGCAGCCUGGGAGUCAUUUUGGACUCACAGCUGUCCAUGGAGGCGCAGGUCAAUUCUGUGUCCAGGGCAGCUGUCUAUCAGCUCCAUCUGGUACGCAGGCUGAGACCCUCCCUGCCUGCGGACUGUCUCACAAGAGUGGUGCAUGCUCUGGUUAUCUCCUGCUUGGACUACUGCAAUGCGCUCUGCGUGGGGCUACCCUUGAAGGUGACUCGGAAACUACAACUAAUCCAGAAUGCGGCAGCUAGACAGGUGACUGGGAGCGGCCGCCGAGACCACAUAACACCGGUCUUGAAAGAUCUACAUUGGCUCCCAGUACGUUUCCGAGCACAAUUCAAAGUGUUGGUGCUUACCUUUAAAGCCCUAAAUGGCCUCGGUCCAGUAUACCUGAAGGAGCGUCUCCACCUCCAUCAUUCUGCCCGGACACUGAGGUCCAGCACCGAGGGCCUUCUGGCGGUUCCCUCGUUGCGAGAUGCCAAGUUGCAGGGAACUAGGCAGAGGGACUUCUCGGUGGUGGCGCCUGCCCUGUGGAACGCCCUCCCAACAGAUGUCAAAGAGGAAAACAACUACUAGACUUUUAGAAGACAUCUGAAGGCAGCCCUGUUCAGGGAGGCUUUUAAUGUUUAAUAGAUUGUUGUGUUUUAAUUUUCUGUUGGAAGCCGCCCAGAGUGGCUGGGGAAACCCAGCCAGAUGGGCGGGGUAUAAAUAAUAAAUUAUUAUUAUUAUUAUUAUUAUUAUUAUUAUUAUUAUUAUUAUUAUUAUUAUUAUUAUUUAGUACCAGAAUGCUUGAAGGAACUCUUCAAAACAGCCCAGUGAAGACCAGAUUUGGAACUGUAUUUGACUUCCAUACAGGGGCGCAGGAAGGGAGGGGCGAUGGGGCGCUCUGCCCCGGGCAGUGCGAUCCCAAGGGCACCAUGGCGGCUGUCCCUCCGCCUGCGCUGGGCGCCCCGCCCCCAGAAUGUGUGUCACGCCCCUACAGGCAGUGCGCCAUGCCCCCAGAAUGCGCACCACACCCCUACGGGCAGCGCGCCACACUCCCAGAACGCAUGCCAGCCCCACCGCGCCUGCUCUCCCCCCCCCCCAGUGCCGGAGAAUGAAGCUCCACCAGUGCUUCCAUAUAGUGUGUUUGAGAUUGGGGGCAAGCCCCAUGUGACUGAAUCUUCUAAUGCUUUCCAUUUAAAGCAUCCAUCAGAGAUAGGUGAAUUGGAUCAGGGCAGCAGGGCCAGGGGAUAUAACCUGAAUGAAAAGCACCCCUCCCCUAAAAACUGGUGUAAGCCUCGUUGCAGAAUAAAGGCAGGCUCAAUAGCUGUACAUGUUUCGUCCUUAGGGAAUCUCAUGGCAGCUUCAGAAGCAGGGGACAAUUUCAAGUGGGGAGAAGGUUAAGUCUCUCCCAAACACCACUGCUCUAAUGCAAUCUGGCAUGGCUGCUUCACACACACACACACACACACACACACACACACACACACACACACACACACACACAGUCAUGAGAGCCAUUGCAUCUGGAUUUGUCCUGAGCAGCUAAUCGAGGUGCAUGAAAUAACUUGCAUCCCUUGGAAAGUCAGGCCAAAUUUAUCUCCUAAAAGUUAUCAUUUCAUGGCAAGGGCUAAGAAACUGUGGCGCAGACCCACUUAGUAAGUUAAGGCAUUGAAGAUAACUCUCAGCUGGUCCCUGUGUUUACUUGGUUCCCAUGACAACUACAGCUCACAGAUGGGGAUGGUUUCUUAGCAACUGUCCUUGGCGACUUCUCAUAGUUCCACCUCUUUGUCGACACUUCUAGACUUGGCAAGGAUCUGCUUGAUUCACCAGAACUACUUUGGCACCUCAGUUGAGAUCAUGGAAGAGGUGAGGCACACGUUUAUGAGGAGGACUUAACUUCUGGGCACCCUCAGAGACAACAAUCACCCCUCCUAGGCAGGCAGGCAGGGAGGCACACACUAUUCAGAUGCCCUAUGACCUACACAAAGAGUCUUGGGUAUUUAAGCACCGGUCAGUGCAGUGAGCCUUGCUGUUUUCUUGAUACCAGUCCAGGCCACAUGUGGCAGGCAUGUGAGGCUAUCCUUGGCCACUUCUGGCAACUGAUUUGGAGCCAUAUCUGGUUGGCCACACUGGGACAUGCCUGGCACAUAUAUAGCUCAUUCAUUCUAAUAGUUGUGCUGUUCCCAGCCAGAGGUUUUGUGAAACUGGCCAGGCAAUAUCUCCAGCCUCAGGAGCCUAGUGGCUUGCUACGGUGCCAGAAGGAGCUCGAGGAGGUUAGCCCCUUGCUCCAGUGCCAACCGGAGCCAAAGAUGGCUAGUCCCUUGCUCCAUUACAUACACGAGCCUGAGGAGGUUAGCCCUGUGCUACGAUACCUACAGCAUCCUGAAGAGUUUGCUGCCUUGCACCACCAACUUCCACAGUUUGAGGAAAAGGUUGAUCCCUCAGUCCACCAGUCGAAAGAAGUUAGCCCUGUACUCCAGUAUCUACAACAGCUGGAGGAGAUUGGUACUAACCUGCUCCAACGGGACAGCAGCCUCAUGUCUUCCUGCCCAAGAAAUGCCAGCAAAAUGGAGGAUGUGACUCAGGUGCCCAUGGACACGACGGCCUUCCCAAUUCCUGCCGCCGCAUACCAUGAAUCCAGAAUGGCCAGUGGUCCAACAGUAGUGCCUGGAUAUGGAAACAAGGAACAGGCCACCUACAACUUGACUGGGGAACAGUCCAACAGCAAAAGACCCCCCUCAAGGUGUUCCAGCAGGACCUCCUCAAUAAACUCCAAGAACCCCGAGAACAGAACAGCUAUGGGUGAACCCCCAGUCCUGCCUGAGGCAUCACCAUCCGCACAGCCUAUCCAAACCAGAAACCACAGCAAACAGUCCCUCAGGUCUAAAACUCCCUCUGCCCUCUGCAUUAACAUGGCUGCAGGGAGGAAAGACAGUCUGGACAGUACCAUUUCCAAGGGAACAGGAAAUCAUCACCCAAAGGGGAAACCUGGAGGUUCCAGGCUGUCGGCUAAGUCUAGCCAAGAAGAAAUGGAAGAUGGCCACGGUAAUUCAGAUGAACUAACGGGGAGGCAAUACCGGCCUAUAGUGACCCGACCACAUGGAUCUCCCCGAAAGAGCGGAAAGGGCAGCUGUGAAGAUAUGAAGGAAGCCCAGGAUGUCAUGACUGCCAAAGAGCCAUUAGCAUCAAGUGGGCAAGAUGUCAAAGCAGAGGGGAAGGCCCUCCAGGAGAAGAAAAACAGCCCAAUAAUACCUCCUAAUAUCAAGGCCAAGUUUGGCACAGCUAUGGUGGAGAAGCUGGUUUCCGAGGAGCAGGCACGUCGUGCUCUCUGUGAGGCUGGGCUGAUCCAGGGGCAGAAGCGCCUCAGUGACUGGCCAUAUAAGACACUAGAGAAUCCUAUGGCAUCAUCACCUUAUGCUGAUUAUUAUGAACUAGGAUACAACUUGAGGUCCAACAUUUUCCAAGGAGGACCAUUGGAAAGCAGAAGCCUGAUGAAGGAUUCCUAUACCCCAGAUGUACUAAAGAGGGCAGUUCGGGACCCCAAACAUUGGCAUGGAAGAAAAACCGAUGAACUGGGGAGGUGGUUCCAGAAAAAUGCGCUAAACCUUAACCUUCAAAAAGCUUUGGAACAAAAAUAUGGGGACAAGAACAAAGGCGGCAAAUCUUAAGAAGGCAUAGAAGAGGGAUGAAGACCUUCUGGAAAAAUAUCUGGCUCUCCCUAGCAGUGGAAUAAACCUCCAUCUAGCCUCCAUCUUUGAUGUGCUCUGUAUAUGGAUAAAGCAACAAGUUGGGUUAUCUGACUUGCUGGGAAUAGUAAGCCUGGCCUGAUUCUGUAUCUUCAGUAGUCACUUGAAAUGAGCAGGUGCAGCUUUUCAAAGAAUGGAACAAAGCCCGAUCCCCCAUUAAUUCCCAACAUCUCCAUAGGGUGCUGGGAAAAGACCUGAAACACUGUAGAACUGCCACCACCGAUUAGUGUUGAGUCUACACUGCAAACAAUACUAAGCUAAAUGGACCAAUUGUCCAGCUAGGUAUGAGGCAGCUUCCUAUGGGUCCAUUUCAAACAAUGGCAACCAUAAAUUAGGAAAGUGAAUAGAGUUUUGCAGAAAAUACAGUAAGGAGGGAUAUGGAAUAGCUUACUGUGUAUAGUGGGGAGGGCUACCAGAGAAGUAUUGGUGCAAGGAGACAGAAUAAGUAUGAAAAUGUCUCCUUCCCCUGUUCUGCAGAUAAAAUGUACUAAGCCAAUUGCAUUCCUACAGUCAUAUAACUUUUACCACAUCCAUCUAUCAGCUGUGAAACACUUGUGUCUCUCUCUACCCUAAAAUUUGUGAGCAAUGCUAUCAUGUUCUGUGGGGCAUUGCUGAGGUCUUUGGGUCCCUCAUCCAUCAGCUUGAAUGAAUGAAGAGUGACCUAAGGACCUUACCAGUGCUUCUCUGGGCUAGCAGGAUGCAGGGGAAGUUUUAUGAGCAACCAUGCAUAACUCCUGAUGAGUCUGGGCGCUACAGAAUCCAAUUCAACAAACAUGCCAUUAAGCCAAUGACUAAGCUGUCUUUCUUGGACUAGUCAGCUCAAGAAUUAUACUUCAGAAGGACGACAGGUUUUCAUAAUACUGGAAGCAAGCUUGUAAGGCUUCCAUUUCCUUGCAGAUAUCCUGCUUCCUAGUACUCUUACAGAGUAAACAAAACACACACACACACACACACACACACACACGGUGAGGAACACAGAGCAGAGCAUCAGCUGCUUCACCAAGAGAAUCAGGACUGUCAGCAAACUUUGCCAAACCUGGACUUUUUACUCAGAUUUAUAGAGUCUGACUCCCCGGCCCUGGAUCCCCUUUAAAGUUGAAGAACCCAGGCUGGACUUCCUAGUUUGUGUAGAUUGUGGCUGCUGUUCUAGGACAAUAAACCUGAGAUAAUCAUUGCACCUUGUUUGUUUAAACAAACCUCUCUAGCAAUGAUUAACAUCAAUGGAUAAUCUUGGCGUAAGGAUGUGCUUUGUGGACUGCAACCUCAUUCACAUGUAAAAUGUUGGUAUUUCAAGUAUCUCUAGAUUCUCAGGGUGAUUGCUUAUUAUAGCAUUGUGGUGGAAGUAGCCCAGGUCAAGCUUUUCCAGUUGAAAAAAGAACACAGAGCUCCUGCACCUUUAAUAGGUGUAUAGAAAAGGGAAUUUAGACCAGUGUUUCUCAACCUUUUUUGGGCCACGGCACACUUGUUCUGUGAAAAAAAUCACGAGGCACACCACCAUUAAAAAAGUUAAAAAAUUUAACUCUGUGCCGCCCUAUAUUAUAAUUAUGACUGUAAGAAACACUUGCCAAAUAUUGCUUUCCGGUGGGUUAGCGUUGUGUAUUGGCGGCCGCCAGGCUCGUCUGCACUGAGCUUUGGGAAAGAGGAGGAGAAAUAUUGCUUUCCGGUGGGUUAGUGUUGUGUAUUGGCGGCCGCCAGGCACGUGACAAUGCAAAUCGCCCUUCUCGUCGCCGCACGUCGCGGCACACCAGCCAGCGUCUCGCGGCACACUAGUGUGCCGCGGAACAGUGGUUGAGAAACGCUGAUUUAGACCACCUUAUCAUGCCAGUUGCAGCAUUACAUGGCGAACAUUAAGGAGUCAUUUGGCCACCAGCGUGAGUUGUCUGAAAUGGCAGCUACUGACCAAGGUUGUUGAUUCUAGGUCAAGUAAUACCUUCUAGAUAAUAAACCAGCUGUGUCACCUCCCUCUUCUGAAUAACUAUCCUGAAGAGUAAAAUAUGUUAGGUUGCAGCCUGUGCAGUCAAAUAUGUUAUGGACCCAAGUUGUAAUGGUGAAGUUAUGUUCAUUAUAAGUCUGGCUGUCAUGGAAUGAGGCACAUAUGUGAUUUGAACAGUGUCCAAUGGUUCUUAGCCAGCUUGGCUAUUUGCAUAUUUUCACAGUGCUGGACUCCAGGGUCCAUCACCCCCAGCUAGCAUGGCCAAUGAUCCAUAGCUGCCAAGUUUUCACUUUUCUCGCGAGGAAGCCUAUUCAGCAUAAGGGAAAAUCCCUGUAAAAAAGGGAUAACUUGGCAGCUAUGCAAUGAUCAGGGUGAUGGGACUUGUAAUCCAACAGCAUCUGGUGGGGGGGGCAGGGCGACAGGUUUACAAGCCCUGAUUUAGAGCUUUCCAGUUAUGGCUCAGCCAAGUCAUUUGAUCCCAUGAGGCUGAGUGCAGCAUGCAAACUAAAGCUUUAGGAGGCCAUGGCAUUAGGAGAACAAGCUCAGUGCUGACAUCAGGAAAUAGCUGUGGGAACUGGUGGGCUACUUCCUGUGGCUUGCCAGGCGGGUCUGGCCUGCAAAGAAGGGGGAGGAGGAGGAGGAUUUGAUAUCCCGUCUUUCACUCCCCUUAAGGAGUCUCAAAGCGGCUAACAAUCUCCUUUCCCUUCCUCCCCCACAACAAACACUCUGGGAGGUGAGUGAGGCUGAGAGACUUCAGAGAAGUGUGAAUAGCCCAAGGUCACCCAGCAGCUGCAUGUGGAGGAGCAGGGAAGCGAACCUGGUUUACCAGAUUAUGAGUCCACCGCUCUUAACCACUACACCAUGCUGUCUCUCGCUGACCUCCACACUAUACAGAGUUGUUGUUGUUGUUGUUGUUGUUGUUGUUGUUACCAUAUCUACAGAAUAUUCAGAUGAGCAAAUAAAUGAGCAGCCAUGUCUGCAUUCACAGCACCAAUAUGACUUUUGCCAGUAGAUGAAGCUGGUCAAUAAAUAAUUUCCGUUCAUCAGAAGGUACAGAUGUUUAUCAUUAUGUGAUUUUCAUAUCCUUGGCUUCAGAAAAUGACCUAGCCCAAGUGAAGCAUGUUUAAGUCUAUUCAAUAUGUGUUUUAAGUGCUUAACUAUGGUGGGCACAUGACCUUCUUUUCAAAUUGCAAUCUGUUUUGAAAAAUAUUACAAGCAAAUAUUUUUUUGCUUUCCCCAAAUGUUCACGUAAAUAUGAUUAAUUAGUGAUCAUUUAAUUACUUAAUAGCUUAAUCCCAUAUUCCAUCAUUUAAUAGCUGAUAUAGCUGGGUAAGUAAAUGUUUGGUUUAAUGUUUAUCUAAGCAUUCCAUGUUUCACACACACACACACACACAUAAAUAUAUAUAUGGGCAAUGUAUGUCUGAACAUAUUUAGAUUUGUAAAUACUUUAAAGAAAAUUGAAGCCCUCAAGUGAAAGACAUCGACAUUUCCCCCAGAAAAGUUGAGAUAAAGUAAUGGGAUGCAACACAUCUUAUAGGUGUGUCCCCCAACUUAAGAAGUUUGGGGCACAAAUAAUAAAAGAAGCAGAAAUAAUAACAUGGUCGAUCUUACCAAAGGACCUUUUAAUUGUUCUGUUUGGUAACACUGAGGGUUAG